AUGGAUUUUAAUUAUUCCAUAUAUACAACAACUUUGAUGAUGGAAUCACUGGAAAUACUACCACCUAAUAUUUUUCCAGCAUUCAUAUUUGGAACUCUCACUUACUGCACCAUUUUGUUUUUCAAUAUGACUGUGUUACUAACAAUUGCUCUGAACAGGAAACUCCAUAAGCCUAUGUAUAUUCUGUUGUUUAACUUGCCACUCAAUGAUAUGAUGGGUGCCUCAGCCUUUUUUCCUCAGCUGGUAUCUAGUUUACUGUCACAGAAUAGAUCCAUCACUUACUCUGCUUGUUUUGUGCAAGCUUUACUGACACAUCUGUAUGCAGCUGGAGCAUUUCUCACUCUCAGUGCUAUGGCUUAUGACAGAUACGUUGCCAUUUGUUGUCCAUUGAAAUAUAACACCUUGAUGUCUCCAAAUAACUUGCUGAAAAUAAUAAUAAUAAUGUGGACCUUAGAUUUCACUUUGAUUGGUUUACUACUUGCGCUGAACUACCGCAGACAGAUUUGUAGCACAAAAAUAGUGGACAUUUUCUGCAAUAAUCCGUCUUUGAUGAAGCUGGUAUGUGGAGAUACAAAGUUAAAUAACUACUAUGGACUGUUUGUAAUAGCUUUUAUCCAAGGUCUGCCUCUGCUGAUAGUGGUAUUAACAUACAUGCAAAUCUUAAUCACUGUUGUGGUUAAAAGACAAUCUGAUGCCAAAAGCAAGGCAAUUCAGACCUGUGGUACACAUUUAAUUGUUUUCCUUUGUUUUGAAUUCACCACACUCUUUGCCGUGAUAGCUCACAGAUUUGAGUCAGCACCCCAAAACCUACGAAGGGCCUUAGGAGCUUCUGUGAUGAUAUUUCCUCCUAUAAUUAAUCCUCUAAUAUAUGGACUGAAAACAAAAGAAAUUCAACAGAAUCUUAUUUUCUUUAUCCGUAAGAAGGUUUCCCCAACAAAACAGAAAAACAAACUCGAUAGAGUGAAAAGACAACUGAAGUAA